AUGCCCACCGUUGAUGUCCUCAAUGCUGGUCUCUAUCUAGUGUUGUGCUGGCGUGGCGAUCGCCCCGAGGAUGGCUACCAUUGGUACCUGUACGACUUUGACGGCGAGCGGCAGAACAAUGGGUUUCAUGCAGUUGGGCGUGCUGGACGCUGGAUGUACGAGCGAAACAUUGGAUGGACUCCCGCUAGGUUCGCGUUCGCACUCACUGCUGUGCGUGUUGGGCGGUAUAUGAAUCCAGAAGUACUAGAAAAGAUAAUCAAACCGAUCAUGGUGCAGGACCCCCCCGCCCCACUUCCGGAGGGUUUCACUUGCCGCAUCUUUAUACGCUUGGCUCUGCAGCUCCUCGCCGAUACUCACGAUGCGGACGGCCACCCAUGGAUCACGUACGAUGACCUUGAUCUAGUAGAAGAAGAGGCCCAGGCCCAUGCUGCCGAGCAUAUGGCGUCCGUCAGAUCUGAGGGAGUGAGAGGGGGUGUUCAUGUGUCGACACAUUGUCACUAAAUUCCUGACCGCUACAAGGUGCAUCCCCCGCACAAUGCAGGAUUCACAAGGGCAGUACUUCGAUCGAAUUGUACAUUUACAUAUGGAGAUACUUGUAUUCUGUACACAGUGUAGGGAGAUUAACCGUACUUAUGCGGUGCUCCG